GUAGAUUACAGCCCGUAUCCAUAAGCUUUACAUCUCAGAGCUAGGACGUUUUUUAAAAACAUAGAAUAAUGCUUUUAGUGGUAUUAGAAACAUCAGGAUCACUUGAAACAAAUUAUGAAAAAUAUGCCUUAGUGUUUAAAAACUGGUCUAGUUGUCGCCAUCUUGGAUUUUUUUAAUUCCUGAAGGGUGCCCGGAUGGCACCCACAGCAUUAUAGAUAUAGACCCACUACAGAGUCAGAAUCCGCAAAGAACAACUGUGCACCAAAUGUUGUACACCCAAGUGGUAAUUCCUCCAGACUAAACCAGAUCUGUCGCUUUAAUCAGUACAAUAGGGUUUGUCAUUGAACGAUCUUUCCCUUUGUUACACUGAGAUAGUACUCAAAUAAUAAUAAUUCCAUAUACUUACCUUUUCUCACAUCCAAUAGCUGAUGUCUUUUUUUUCUUUCUUUUUUUUUUUUUUUUUUUUUUUUUUUUUUUUUUUUUGCUGGAAUGUCGUUAAACAUUCAUUCAUUUUGUUUCUUUUAAGCAUAAUUUAUGUUUUUGUCUUCUGCUUUCAGAUAACAGCUGCAAAUCAGACUUAAGUAAACUUCAAAAUAUUGUUCAUAUGCUCUACAUUCCAGCAACUAUACACAGAUGAUGCUUUAAGACUAAUCUAGAAGAAGAAGAAUAAAGAUUAUAAAAAUGUAUUCCAUGCUUAACUAUGCUGUGGCAAUUCAGACUCUUUGCGUUGUGUCUGUUCUAAGUCACAAACCCACUGUAAUGACAACAAAAGGACCAGUUAAAGGAUUCGCCAAGAAUGUCAAUCACGUCCACAUGUCUGUCUUUCUGGGCAUUCCAUACGCAAAACCUCCCAGGGAGAUGCUCAGAUUCAAGCCUCCGGAAUCACCCGACAGCUGGAAUUCCACUGGUGUCAUCAACGUGACUCAAUCGAAACCUUCCUGUCCCCAGACCAAGGACGGAGUCUCGAACGCGUUCGGGCCAGGAUUCGAAAUUACGGAAACGAACGAAGACUGUCUGUAUCUAAAUAUCUUUGUGCCAGGGACAAAAAGAAAACCCCUUUUCGGUUCUUGGCCUGUCGUAGUGUUUCUACACGGCGGGGGUUUCCAAAUGGGAUCCGGGACACUCUUCGAUGGCAGUGUUUUAGCGGUAUAUGGAAGCGUGGUUGUCGUUACGAUGAACUUCCGUAUCGGGGUUCUGGGUUUUCUGUCAACAGGAGACUCGGCUGCCCCCGGUAACUGGGGUUUGUUAGAUCAAAGGUUGGCUCUGCAGUGGAUACAAGACAACAUCCAAGGAUUUGGGGGAGAUAGAAAGAAGGUGACGAUUUUCGGGCAUGAAUCCGGUGCUUACAGCGUCGGACUACACAUUCUGAGUCCGAUGUCACGUGGUCUGUUCGCACGAGCUAUAUCUAUGGGCGGGGCAAUAGCCUCACCGGCUCUGUUGAACACAGAUCUUAGAAAGAGGGUCAGACAUUUGGCGAUGAAGGUCAACUGUCCGUCUGUGACAAAAGACGAGGUCUCGUCGGAGAAGGUCGUGUCCUGUCUGAGGAAAGUUCCAGUUCGAGAUCUCAUCAGACACGACCAGCACUUUGACGGAGCAUUUACGCCAACGAUUGACAACCAUUUCAUACUACGUGACCCAUUCACCAUAUUGAAAUCCACAAACUUUACCGCUGUAGACUACAUCAUUGGUGGAAACGCAGACGAAGGGACGAAUAUUGCUAACAAUAUACCCAACUUUUUCACUGGUCCUGAAAUGAGUCAGUCGGAUUAUGACAAAUAUACACCCAACAUCUCAUCCUUAGCACUUAAAAAGCCAAUACCAAAAAUUGUUGAACCAACAUUAGCAGCAAUGAUCUCGUCAAAGUAUUAUCCAAGAGAGGAAAAUCAUGGCAACUUCCGAAGGUCCUAUUUGGACGCUUUAGGAGAUGUUAUAAACAGCAAGAUAUUUGAGACUGGAAUGUAUUACUCGAAGAGGGGGGAAGUUUUUGUCUAUCAGUUCACGCACAAGCCAUCGCACGCUCGUUUCCCUAGUUACGUGGGGCCGGGCCACACCGAGGAACUUCCGUUCAUCCUCGGUUACAUUUUGAAUUCUAACGGAACAGACGAAGAGAAAAAGCUGUCAGAGGAUUGGAUGAAAACCUGGGGAGACUUUGCCUGGACAGGGACUCCCUAUUUCAACAACGGCAGUCUCGUCUGGACGCCCUAUAGCUUGCCAUCGCGGAGUUAUUUACAAAUAACGGUGAACAUGACGAACCAAAAUGUCAAAAGCGAGUGGAAACCUGGCACCAGAAGGUUUUGGAACGAGGUUGUACCGGACGUCGCCAAGCUGGCGUGUACUACUCCGGUCAUGAAAUGUGGUACGUAUAUUACUCAUAAAAACAUGGAACAAAAACAUUACAUUUAUUACGUUUGAUA